AUGAUCUUCUAUCGCAAGGCUUUCUUGGCCAUUCUGUGCCAUUGCGUCGGCUCAGCCCUGCCUCGAGCUGUAGUGCCGGCAAUCAUCUCCGCUCUCAUUGCUGUUUUCAUCGAGGUUUACACCUCGGACUCGAUGAUGGACCGGCUGAUCAUGCACCCGUAUCCAUUCCAGAUCUACUGCUACGUCGCGGCGUUUGCGCUGACAUUCCGCACCAACAUUGCGCGCGAUGCCGUCGCAAAAAUGGCUUCUCGUUGGGGGGACGUUGUCUCGAUGUGCAUGGCCUUUGACCACCGUGGAAACGAGGUCCGUGCGUUGGCUAAGAUUGAUCGCGCUGCUUCCAAGGAUGGCGUAGAAAUGAGGGCUGCUGCGGACGUGGCGUUGGCCCAGCAGCAUCAUCCGCAGCAGGCGUCAUCUCGUCCAGGGCAUGCAGGCUGGUCGCGCGUCGCGACAUUUGCGGCGAAUUUGCCUCCACCAGAGAUUGCAUCCAAGGUGGCAGCGCGUCGCCGGUUCCAGGCGCUGCUUCUCCACAGGUGCUCGCUGCUGCACGCGCUUGCGCUCCAGUCGCUUCGUCGCGACUAUGAGCUGAAGAACCUCGUCCCGAUGGAGGCGGAGCAGGUGGGCUCUGACGCACUCCGAAUGCGCGGCGGCGGGCGCGCCAGGCGCAAUCCGGGCUUGGUCCAAGCCGCAAGGGCCGCCAAGCAGGAGCAGAUCAAUUCUGCGAAGACUCAGACCAACAUCACGGCGCGCUUGCGGGUGCCACCGAGGCCUGUCGAAGGUGACAGCGCCAAGGGCACCAGUCCUAGACAUCGCUUUGCUGAGGUUGCAAGCCGAGCUGCAAAAGCAGCCAAGACGUCGUCAGAAGAUGGAAGUAAGCACGGUGGAAGCAAGCAUGGUGCAAACGCUUAUGCAUCCGCCGCCGACGAGAAGGACGACGAGGGCAGUGCCGAGGCGACGGCAGCCACCGAUCUCCGUUCCAAGGAACGGAAACAUCCCUCGGGAGCGAAAUUUGCCUUCUCGCCGCUGUCCGUCUUCGGAGGUGUUUCUGCAACCGAGGCGCGCAGGCUGCGCAUCGCGCCUGAUCGUGUUGGCCUCGUCCACGCCCGCCUCUGCCGCAUGCUCACGGAGCGCCGCUUCAACGGCGGCCUCGCCGUCGACCCGCCUGUCUUUUCCCGUGUGUACCAGGCGCUUUCGGAGGGGAUGGUGGCCUUUGCGCAGGCGCGCAAGGUGGAGGACACCCCCUUCCCCUUCCCGUACGCGCAAAUGGUGGCAACGAUGCUUUUGCUGCUUAUUCCGAUUGUCCCUCUCGUGACCGUUGCCAAAGUCGGGCACUUUGAAGACGAAUGGGGGACUUCGGAGAUCGACCAGCUGGCUAAGAUCGAGGGGGCGUUCCCUUACUCGAUGUGGGUCUGCUCAAUGAUCCUCGGCCCAGCCCUCUCCUUCGUCACGAUCCUCUCCUACUUUGGGCUCAACGAGGUGGCGCGCGACAUGGAGGAGCCCUUCCUCUACCCGCCCAACGACCUGCCGUGCGCAACCUUUCAGGACGACUUCAAUAUGCGGCUCAUGUCCAUCCUGCAGGCAGUGUGCACUGGAGAGGGCCCCGCUGGCGAGCAGCUGUCCAUGGACGAGGACGACGCGGACACGGUUGCUACUGCGAGCGCCGUGGUGGACUUUGCUCGAGCGGCGGCGCAGCCACUUGCGUGGGGCGACUUUGCAGGCUCUGCGUCUGGCCGGAAGUCGUCAAAGACGGAGGUCAAACUGCCCAGGACCACAUCAGUGGGAGCGAUUCCCAGUACUGCUUCCGCCAUUUGGAGCUCCAUCACGCCGCGCAGCGGGGAGUCGCGUCUGACGACGGAGGAGUCGCUCGCCCGCGUUCAAAGAGCAUUCCGCCGCCGCAACAAAGCGAAGAAGGCCCGGCACUCCAACCGGGACCUCAUUCUUCACUAG